AUGUCCGUCAGUGUUGGUGGUGCGACGGACAGUGGCUGUGCUCCUGUUACUCCUGUGCCGAACACGGACCCAGCCACGUAUAAUACCGACGUCGCUAGUUCGAUAACACCUUCACCUCAAACGACGACCUCCACGACUCUAGGUUCGACCUCCGCCACGGUUGAUGCUACUUCUUCCACUAGCUCUUCCUUGUCGACCACUACAGCGUCAAUUACUCCAGAUCUGAGCUCAACCACUGUUGAUGCUACUUCUAUCAUUGAAUCAUCCUCGUUGACCACCACGACUGUCACUACCAGCUCUACGAGUCUUACCACUAUAGUCUACGUCUCAACCAGCAGUACCACCUCGUUUGACAGCACAACCUCUGAAGGGACGGCGACUACCAGCACAACCACCGCAACGAGGACCGAGGAGACAAGCGGCCCGAACUGCUCCAUCCUACCAUUGGAAGAUCAGACAGCACCAGAAGGCACUCAAUACACGCAAUUCUUCUACAGCUGUCAUGCUGCCAUUCCUGCAACUCUCGGCACCACCAACUCCAUAGCCACUGCAGGCGAUGAUGGCUACGACCGUGACCCCACUGCCUUCCUAAGGCAAUGCGUGGCGAACGCGGAGCAGGUUGGCGCCUCUGUAUGGACUUACUCUCAGUCAUCAGUGGACUUCAAAUUUCGCUGUGGCUUUUGGAACGGUCUAGUGGCAGACGAGGGCAUUUUCGUCGACGACUCGACAGUUUUCACGAUGAAUGCCAUGAGAGUGGUGGGUGAUGGUGACGGUCCAAGCACCACAACUACUUCCUCUAGCUCCACGACGGCGACUUCGACGACCACUACCAUUGGUGUCAUGGCUACUGUGCCCGCAAGUGCACCAGUCUGCACACCUGAUAGUAGCUACUUCGACCACGUACACUGCCCCGAUGUGUACAUCUACGACAGCGUUCAGGAAUGCCAAUGCUUCAAUCGUGUACAAGGAGGACAGAACAUGUGCGCUUACACUUUCUACUACGACAGACCGUGUAUGUGGGAUUCGGAGUGUGCUGCAUAUGGCGAAUGGUCAUACUGCCUGACCGCCUCAUUCACUGGCACUGGUCCUCAGGGGUACUGCAGCGAUAACGACAGCUCCAAAACUUGCCUUACUGGUGGCUACCAAGCGAAUACUACCACGCCGUCAGCGAUCUUUUCCACUCCCUCGGUCACAAGCUCGACCAUGACCACGACUUCCAGCUCAGCAACCGCGACGGGAACAUGCGCAGGCCUCUGCAGUACGAAAUCAGUUUCGUCGGGUUCACAUGUAUGGUCACAGGUUGAGGCUGGAUGCGUGGAGUACAACUUCGAUUGGGUCUACACUAGGGCGACAUUCUUCCCUGCUGGCCUGGCUGACUGCGAGGUCAUUCAGUACUGUGCCAAUUUCGUUGUGCAACAAGGUAUGACAGCUUUUAGGACUUUCUGGGUCCCCACUGAAAAUCAAUGGCAUUGCGACGCUGGUCUGGAAAACGAUGAGACAGGCGACUACGAAUACUCCCUUCCUCAAGGCAAUUUUUACAUGUACAACCUUGUUACUGCUUCGACUCCUUCCACAACGGCUGCGACUACGACCACCUCCAGUGUGACAAGCACAACAUCACCUGCAAACUGCGUGGCAACUUCCGCCUCAGUCGGUGACAUUUUGACAACCACAAAUGGCAAUUCCUGGGUCAACUUUUUCUCCUCUGGAUGCGGAUUGUCCUUGGACUGGCAGUCGUUGAAUUUCAAUAAUCUCUAUGUGUACCUCCGCACUGAGUACACGUACGAGGAGGCCUUGCUGGACUGCGCCUCCGUCGCCGACCGCGAUGGCUCGCCAGUCUUCGAAUUCGAGACUGAUACCCGCAACAACAACCGAUGGGUGUGCUGGACUCUGAACGACAUCACCAAUGAUCCGGCACAGUUCCAGCCAUAUGGUGGCAUUGCUGAUGCGUACGGUUGGUACUUACCUAGCAGGAUGCCUUCGCCAACGCCCACCCCAAUCACCACUCCACCGUCCCCAGCGCCUACCUGUAUUAAUGGGGCAAUCGUCACCGACACCAAUGGAGACACAUGGGAGACUCUUUGUGGCCAGGGCAGCUAUUACGGAUGGACCUUCUUCUCCAGCUAUUCUGAUGUGGCAACUCUAGCUGACUGCAUUGUUAAAUGCAACGAAGACGACUCGUGCAAUGCUGUCUCGAUCGAAUACAGAGAUGCUCCAACCAACAACCUAUGUGGUUUCAUCUACAUGUCGACCGAAUUCCAGCCUUACGAUUUCGAGGCGGACACAGCCAUCAAGAUUUCAGGAGCCAAUGCCAGAUCGCCAAUCAACGUCCCUGGCUCUUCGACAUCAGAGACGACAUCGGUUAUAACUUUCAGCACGACCACGGCCUCAACCACCUCGACCACUACACCGCCACCUUCAUGCGCACCAUCUGCGAUUGGGGAUGUCACCGCUCUCUACGAUAGGACUCAGACUUUCCGCAACUUCUACACUGGUUGUGGCAAGUCGAUGGAGGGUGGGACAGAUGGUGGACUGGGGAUCUUCCCCAGCAAGUUCGCUACUAUGUGGCGUGCAUCGGCAAAUUGGGAGGACUACACUUUCGACAACGCCGUAAGCCGGUGUGUUCAAUUCGCCAUUGACAAUGGCGCCAAUGCAGUUGAGUUCUACGUCGACGCAAAUCAGAAUUGGAUCUGCGUGGGUGUCGACGAUGUGACUGUUGAUGUGUCCUCCUUCUACCCUGACUCCAACGUGGCCAAUGUUUGGGGCUUCGUCUGGGAGAACUCGUGCCAGAACGCACCACUCAAUGACAUUACCGCAACAGAUGGAACGAUCUUUGCAGAAUUCUACACGGGCUGCAGCGCGUCCUUGCAGGGCAAUACACCUGGUGGCCUCGUCAACCUCAAUCGCGUCGUGUCAGCGAACUGGCAAGCUCCCGGCUACUCCGGCUACACGUUCGAUGAGGCUGUCCAAAAUUGUGCCGACACUACGAUUUCGCAAGGAGGCAACCUGUUCGAGUUCUACAUUGGCACGGACGAUUGGUGGUACUGCAUUGCGGUGAACGACCUGCCUGCCACGACCGCCAGUUUCUAUCCCGACGCGACUAUCGGCAAGGUCUGGGGCUUUGCCAUCACCGGGUCACAAGAUGUGUGCGAGCCGUCGCAACUUGCAGGAUCGGUCCAGCUGGCCAACGGGACAACGUAUGAGGAGUUCUAUGAUGCGUGCCAUGUGUCGCUCCAAGGCGAUACAGCUGGCGGAGUCGGCUGGAUGACGACGGUAUUUGGCUUCAACAACCCCCCUUACGAAGACGGCAACUACGGAGGUUGGACCCUGCAGACUGCUCUCGAGUUAUGUAUCAGGGACGCAGCAGCUGCUGGUGCAACCGUGAUCCAAUACUACGAGAACACGGACGAGCUUCCCACGUGGUAUUGUUUCGGUGUCAACAACGUGCCGGCGCUGGAGGAUUCGUUCUACGGCGAUGGAAGCGUCGGCCGUCUGUGGGCUUUCAAGCUGGAUGAGUCCACCCUGCCGACAUUGCAGCCCUUCUGA